UCGCUUGGCAGUUACAACUCUACCGCAGGUGUAUCCGACACAUAUUUUCAAUUUGUGAAACGAAUAUUAAAUUAAGAAACACAUUUUAAGUUUUAAUAAAUUAUAAACGAAAUAAUAAGAAACGAUUACAAAAUGAAAUUGAUGAAAAAUAGCACAUAUUACCUGACAGUUAUUUUGAUUGUGCUGGCUUGUUGCUCACAGGAAACGGAUGCCGUUCGUCGUGUCCUUAGAGGCCGUAGAACUCUCACUCGACAAUAUUACACUGGACUUCCAAUACCCGGUUGGGCGUUGAUUUUAAUUUUAGCCAUUGUUGAACUCGCAUUGGGCGCCAUUCUGUAUUUUGCCAUGCGGAAAGUUAUUCUUUCGUCUUCUGUCGAACGUACGAACACAUACGCCCCAGCAAUGACGGAUGAAGUUUAAAAAAAAAAUAAAUGUGUGUGAGCCGAGGAUCUUCUUUUUAAUAUAUUUUUUUAAAUUUUAGUGGAGACAAAACAAAAAAAUAAAAGAAUUAAAUUAAAAUUAGAAAAAUAAA